GGAAGUCAGGAAUCAGGUUGGACUGGAUCAGGAGACUUAGGAUAACCCUUGGAACAGCCAGGCGUAUUCAGUAUCUGCAUGACCUUGCCAACCCUCCCAUCAUACAUAGGGACAUCAAAACAAACAAUAUUUUACUGGAUGAGCGCUUGACCGCAAAAGUUGCUGAUUUUGGUCUUUCCAAACCUAUGGAUGACUCUGAAAAGGGUCAUGUCACCACUCAAGUCAAGGGGACAAUGGGAUACAUGGAUCCUGAAUAUUACAUGACUCAACAGUUGACUGAGAACAGUGACAUUUAUAGCUUUGGAGUGGUAAUGCUUGAGAUGAUAACUGCAAGAAGUCCCAUUGAGAAAGGGAAAUACAUCGUAAGAGAGGUGAAGCAAGCAAUGGAUAGGACCAAAGAACUAUAUAACCUUCAUGGAAUUCUUGACCCAGUCAUUGGUUUGAACAGUACUGCACCAAAAAGUUUAGAGAAGUUUGUGGAUCUGGCACUGAGGUGUCUCGAAGAAACAGGAUUUCUCAGGCCAGCAAUGAGCGAGGUGGUGAAAGAGCUUGAGAACAUCAUGGAAUUGGCUGGGCUGAACCCCAAUGCUGAAUCUGCGUCCACUUCCGCAAGCUAUGACGAGGGAGGUAAGGGGUUCGACCAUCCUUACAGCAACGAAAGCCUCUUUGAUUGUAGUGGAAUCUAUCCACCCUCAAAGUUAGAGCCCAAGUAAAGAUCAUUGUUUUACCUCCAAGAUGAGGAUGUGUAUACAGUUAAUUGGUUUUCACCGACUGUGGAACAUUUAAUUUGUCCUGGCCUUGUGGUAUUUGAACAUGCUAAAGAACUAGAACUGUAGUUAUUCAAAUUCUGAUUAGUUUUCUGGUGGUGGUGAGGGGUUGCAGCCAGCUUGUUAAUAUACUAGAAAAACACGGGGGUUUAAAUCUGAAAGGCUGUGAGAGAAGAUGAAGCGGAAACAUAAGGCAAAAACUUUCUAUUUUUGUAGAAGCUCCAUUUAUGCAAGUGAUUUCUAUUCCUUCUAGUCAAGGAUCAAAAUUUUAUUGCGGUGGAUUUUUUCGGUUUUCGCAAACUAGUUUACAAGAGUUUCAUAUGCUUAUCGAAGUUGUAACAAUCCGCAUUACUGUGAAGAA